CAUCAUCAUGUCCCAUCGCAAUCUGACCGAACUGUUCCAUAUGCUGCGGAACAAUGCGGUACACAACCGGAACGUUGGGUAUGAAAAUCACUCCGACAACGAAACGCUGCUUGAGCCGGCAGGAAAAUCUAGUGAGCAACCGCGCUGGAUCGGCAAGUACGAUGAGGCAAACUAUUUACUGUUCAAGAUUCAGGAACGCAUCAACGAGGUGAAAAAGCUUCAAACGGCGGAAGUACGAUCGGUGCUGAGCGAUGAAACAACUACCAGCAACAGUACGACCGAAAGCUACAUGAUGGAAGUAAAGCAGCUAAUCUGCCGGUGUCACGACAAUAUCAAUUCGUUACGCCGAAUGGAUAAUGGGCUGGAAGAAAUUCUGUUGAAAAACAUUCAAAAGCACUGCCUUAUAAUGCUACAGGGCUUAACCGAGCAGUACCGGCAGCUGCAGGCACACAAAACGGCCCGUUCCCUGAAAGCCACCGAACCGACGGCCGGCACCAGUACCGCCAAUAAUGGCACACACGUCGUACGCAAUCCCACAUCCGCCAGCAAUACGGUCGACACGUUCGAUAACUUCCUCCAGAUGGAGUCUGAUGGGCGGGGCGGUACCUUCGACGAGGACGGGUACGACUAUCAGCAGCUGCUGGACGAUUUCUUCCAGCUGCCGGCGACCGGGCUCACCAUCAACCAGAAGCAGAUCAUGCUCAUCCAGGCGGACAAUACGAAGCAGCUGAAGAGCCGGGAGGAUGAGGUGCUGCGCAUGACUAACUCGAUCACCGAUCUGAACGUUAUCUUUAAGGACAUUUCGAAGCUGAUCCAGGAGCAGGGCACGAUAUUGGACCGGAUCGACUAUAACAUUGAGUCGGCCCAGGUGCGCGUUAGCGAUGGGUUGCGGCAGCUGCAGAAGUCCGAAUCGUACCAGCGCAAAAAUCGGAAGAUGCAUUGCAUAAUGCUGCUAGCGUGUGCGAUUAUGUUUAUGAUAAUAUUGAUCAUUUUUACCAAGCUGUAA